CAAUCAUACCUUAUUUCAGAUGAAACAAAGUUUGGACAUAAAUUAAUGGAGAAGAUGGGUUGGUCUAAAGGUAAAGGACUUGGGGUUAAAGAAGAUGGUAAAACUGAAAAUAUCUCUGUCACACUGAAGAAUGAUACAAGAGGUGUUGGCUGUACAAAGAGUCAUGUUGACAACUGGAUAGCUCACCAAGAUGACUUCAAUGCUUUGCUUGCUAAUCUUGGACAGGAUCAUAAUACAGGGCCUGGGGGUUCACAGGAGGAAAUAGACAGAAAGGUCCUCAGUCUAGAGCAGACAUCUAGGUCAUCCAAAGGCAGAGUGCACUAUCAGAAGUUCACUAAAGGAAAAGAUUUGUCUUUGAAGUCAGAGACUGACUUAGAUUGUGUUUUUGGAAAAAGGAAAAACCAGUCGGGAACCAGUACUCCACAAGCUCAAUCAGGAGGCUAAUACACCACAGGUCCAGUCUGAACCAAGUUCAGAUAAUGAGGAAAA